GGGCUGCAAGCGGAGGAUAACGUCAGAUGCUCCGUGCUCCCCCUCCGCCUGGCGCUCCCAUCUGGAUCCGCCAGGGGUGGGCUCUGUCAGAGCAGCCGGAGCCCCGGCAGCCGCGGGAGGAAGCGGCUGAGGCGCGCGGAGCCCGAAAAGUGGGUGCGCUCGCGGCUACCUCCCAGCCCGGUCCGGACCGGCCGUCAGCACCAUGGACAGCGGCCCCGGCCCCGGGAACGCCAGUGACUGCACGGAUCCCUUCGUGCGCUCCGCCAGUUGCGCGGCCGCAGCCCCGAGCCCCGGGUCCUGGGUCAACUUGUCCCACCCGGAGGGUAACCUGUCCGACCCGUGCGGCCCCAACCGCACCGAGCUGGGCGGGGGCGACAGCCUGUGCCCUUCCAGCGGCAGCCCUUCGGUGAUCACGGCCGUCACCAUCAUGGCCCUCUACUCCGUCGUGUGCGUCGUGGGUCUCUUCGGAAACUUCCUGGUCAUGUACGUGAUUGUCAGAUACACCAAAAUGAAGACCGCCACCAACAUCUACAUCUUUAACCUUGCCCUGGCAGACGCCUUGGCGACCAGCACCCUGCCAUUCCAAAGUGUCAAUUACCUCAUGGGAACAUGGCCGUUCGGAACCAUCCUCUGCAAGAUAGUGAUUUCCAUAGAUUACUACAACAUGUUCACCAGCAUAUUUACCCUCUGUACCAUGAGCGUUGAUCGCUACAUUGCAGUCUGCCAUCCCGUCAAGGCUCUGGAUUUCCGUACUCCCCGCAAUGCCAAAAUCAUCAACGUCUGCAACUGGAUCCUCUCUUCAGCCAUUGGCCUGCCCGUAAUGUUCAUGGCAACGACAAAAUACAGGCAUGGUUCCAUAGAUUGCACACUAGCAUUCUCUCACCCUACCUGGUACUGGGAAAACCUACUGAAAAUCUGCGUUUUCAUCUUUGCCUUCGUCAUGCCCGUCCUCAUCAUCACGGUGUGCUAUGGACUGAUGAUAUUACGCCUCAAGAGCGUCCGUAUGCUCUCUGGCUCCAAAGAAAAAGACAGGAAUCUUCGAAGAAUCACCAGGAUGGUGCUGGUGGUCGUAGCGGUGUUCAUCGUCUGCUGGACUCCCAUCCACAUUUACGUCAUCAUUAAAGCCUUGAUAACCAUCCCAGAAACUACUUUUCAGACUGUUUCCUGGCACUUCUGUAUUGCCCUAGGUUACACAAACAGCUGCCUGAAUCCAGUCCUCUAUGCGUUUCUGGAUGAAAACUUCAAGCGAUGCUUCAGAGAGUUCUGUAUCCCAACUUCCUCCACCAUCGAGCAGCAAAACUCCGCUCGAAAUCGUCAGAACACUAGAGAUCAUCCCUCCACAGCCAACACGGUGGAUAGGACGAACCAUCAGCUAGAAAACCUGGAAGCAGAAACUGCUCCGAUGCCCUAACUGGGUGUCAUGCCAUGCAGACCCUCACUGAGCUGAGAAGCCGCCAUCUUCUGUGGAAGCAGGUCACUGCCAGGAUGUGUGGGAGGUUCUAGUUUCCUAGGAAAGUGCUGCCUCCGAGUCAUCAGAACGCUUUCUUCUCUGGUCACUCCACUCUGCCUCAUCAGAGGGUCACCCAAACUGAGUCCAAGGCCCAGGAAGGAAAGAACUGCGCCACACUAAUGAGGUCAGCCUGUGUACAUAAUCACACGGAAGACGCCCAAUGGGACCUCAACGAGCUACGGUACGUACAUUGAGGUCCUCAUGGAAGACGAACCUUCUGUAGGUAAUAUAUUUUUCAAGCAAAUAUUUAUGGUCUCAUCAUAGAAAAACAGUAGAUGGUUUAGUUCAACACAGUCCCAUGUAAACACUACCUCUGAUCAAGCACCUUGUAUGGACAUCCAAGAAUUUCCAGUCUUCUGUAAGAGAAUACUCUGCUCUACCGUUGACCUUUAAUGUUAACCUUAAAAUUUUCUUCUGGCUAAGACACCAUUUCCACCUUCAUUUUUUUUU